AUGCAGCCCCAGUCAGAGCAGGCCGGGCCCCUCCUGCUGCAGCUGGGGCCCCAGAGCCGCAGGGAUCUCUGCUGGCAUGUGCUUCGUGGCACCUGCUUCCUCCUGCUGGGGGCGUUGCUGGGCACCGUGCUGUACGGGUACUCCCAGAGACAGGUGGAAGAUGAGGCUGGAUGGGGGGUCAGAGGCUCUGCAGAGGCCGUCGCCCCCUGGCCCGCCCUGGGGCACCGCGCCGACCGGACCCACGCGCCCGCAGCCCAUCUCGUAGGGCACCCCGGCCCCUCCGGCACGCGGCUCCGCUGGCGAAGCGACGUCGACGCCUCCUUCACCCGGGGCGGCUUCCGCCUGGCCAACGACUCGCUGGUGGUGCCGGCCUCCGGCAUGUAUUUCGUCUACUUCCAGGCGUCCUUCCUGGGGGCCGCCUGCCCCGCGGGGGACGAGCCCCUGGUCCUGGCGCACCGCGUGCUGCUCUUCUCCGACACCUACCCCCGAGACGUCCCCAUCCUGAGCGCCCACAAAACGGCCUGCCCCGGCGGGGGGCCCUGGUACCGCUCCCUCCACCAGGGGGCAGCCUUUGCCCUGCAGCAGGGGGACCGGCUGUCCACGCAGACGGAGGGGGAGGCGCAUCUGCUGGCAGGCCAGGGCACUCUGUCCUUUGGGGCGUUCGCCCUGUGA